AUGGAUGAAAGCGAAUCUCUACAAUAUCAAUAUUUCGACAUCCCACGGACCUUUGUCAUGUCAUGGACGAAUGCCGAAGGAGAUUGCUUGAUUGAGCCGAUAAAGACACUUGGGACUUCGGCCGACAUGUUUAACAGGCUUAAAGAGAUGCCGCAAACUAGUCAAACCUCUGAGCCAUCUCGCUAUACGGUGGUGGUUGGCUUUCCCUGUGAGCAACACUUCAAACUUCGCAAGCAAUGA